GCACAAACCACAAAGGCACUAGGACAACGACCCAAACAAAGCCAAGCAGAGUCGAGCGAGCGAUCAAAUCAUGGUGGCCGACCACCAGUCCUCCCCGCGGCCGCGGUUCACCAUCGGCUACGCGCUGCCGCCCGGCAAGGCGGGCAGCGUCAUCCAGCCGCCGCUCGAGGCCCUCGCGGCGGAGCGCGGCAUGCGCCUCGUCGCCGUCGACGCCUCGCUGCCCCUGGCCGACCAGGGCCCCUUCGACCUCAUCAUCCACAAGCUCUUCGACCGGCCCUGGCGCGCGCAGCUGGAGGCCUUCUCCGCGCUCCACCCCUCCGUGCCCGUCGUCGACGCCCCCGCCGCCGUCGACCGCCUGCUCGACCGCUUCACCAUGCUCGACGUCGUCCCCGGGCUCGCCGCCGGCCUGGACUUCCCGCUCAGCGUCCCCGCGCAGGUCACCGUGAGCGACGCCGCCGCGCUGGCCGCGGACGACCCGUCCCACGGCCUCCGCUUCCCGCUCAUCGCCAAGCCGCUGGCCGUCGACGGCAGCGCCAGCUCCCACGACCUGUGCCUGGUGUACCGCGCCGAGGGCCUCCGCGGCCUCCACACCCCGGUCGUCCUCCAGGAGUUCGUCAACCACGGCGGCGUGCUCUUCAAGGUCUACGUGGUGGGCGGCCGCGCCGUCUGCGUCCGCCGCAGCAGCCUGCCGGACGUGCCCGCGGAGCGCCUCGCGGACCCCGACGCCGACGCCUCCGUCCCCUUCGCCAACAUCUCCAGCCGCCCCGCGCUGGACAAGGGGGAGGACUCGAUGCCGCCCGCCGCGUUAGUGGACCAGGUCGCGCGCGGGCUCCGGCAGGCGCUGGGGCUGCACCUCCUCAACUUCGACAUGUUCGCGGCGACGGAGCUGGACGACGGCGGCCGGCGGAGGUACUUCCUCGUGGACAUCAACUACUUCCCGGGGUUCGCCAAGAUGCCGGGCUACGAGACUGCUCUCACGGAUUUCUUCGCCGAGAUGAUUCAGCUAGGCACUGCAGGCGCCGCCGCCGGCCAAGAGAAGCUCGAAUCUGUGCCCUGCAAUGAGCUCUAGGAAACUGGGUUUACUUUGGACUUUUGAUGAACAGGGUGUCCCUACUGCCGAGAAUAAAAAUUAAGAACGCUUUGCGGCGUAUAAUAUAUCUGUAAUGGUACUAUCAAGCAGCUGAUUAAGACCUCGAUGAUUCAUGCUAGUAUCUAUGAAGGUUUCAAAUCUAGUAGGUACUAGUAUAUAGACCAUAGGCAUUUCAAGUGCAACGAAUGUUCCUCCUCGCAGAAAAAGAAGAAUACUCCUCCGGAUUUGCCA